UGUCGUGUUCCCGCUCAGCGUCCUGCUGCUUCCAGGUGCUGCAUUGAGCCCUUCCGCUCUCCGUACAGGAAUGUGUAGCCUGCAUUACGUCAGUUAUCCUGCCAGCAAGCGAGCGAAGCAGCUCCGUCCAAGAGGAGUUUAGUUACUGUGUGUGUGUGAGUGUGUUUUUAUUUUUUUUUUCAUCUGCGGAGAAUUAAAGGGAUUCGCUUGUUGUUUUUUUUCCUUCCUCACUCGGAGUUCGGAGUCGUGAUUUGUCGACGGGGAGGGAUGAGGAGAGUUUGAAGCGGCGCAUCACAGCUCUCCUUCUUCAGUAUGAGAAGUUUGUGAACGAGUUUUGAUACCGACGAUACUCUCCGAAAUUACAUGGAGGGACUGGAAGGUACAGAUGCGUGUUACUGUGCGGGCUGUGGAGGAAAAAUUCAAGACUCGUUUCAUAUGAAAGUCCUCCAGGACACCUGGCACAACGCCUGCUUUCAGUGCUCCGUGUGCUGCGACCACCUGACUAACUGGUACUAUGAGAAGGGCGGCAAGCUGUACUGUCGUAAACACUACUGGGAGAAGUUUGGAGAGCUCUGUCAUGGGUGCUCUCUGCUCAUGACUGGACCUGCCAUGGUGGCCGGAGAACACAAGUAUCACCCUGAGUGCUUUGUGUGUCUGAGCUGCAAGGUGGUGAUUGAGGACACGGAUACCUACGCCUUAGUCGAGAGAUCGAAACUCUACUGUGGAAAGUGCUACAAGCAGGUCGUCCUUACACCCAUGUUGGAAAAGCGCUCUCACGACUCGGUCCUCGACUCGCUGCCCCACACAGUGACCCUCAUCUCAAUGCCCUCUGCAGCCAAUGGCAAGAGAGGCCUCUCCGUCUCGGUGCUGAGGGACGUCAACGGCUCGGCCAGUGUUCAAGUCAAAGAAGUCCGAGGGAUGCUUAUUAGUCCAGAGGUGCGAAAUGCCAUCCACGUGGGGGACAGGAUCCUGGAGAUCAACGGCCUUCCUGUCGGGACACUGAUGGAGGAGGAGGUGGACGAUCUUAUUCACUGCACCAGUCACACGCUGCAGCUGCUCAUAGAGUAUGACCCGGUCAGGCAGCGCUUGGACCGGCUCAGGCUCGGAUCACCGAGAACCCGGCUGGGAGUCCCGGCCACAUCCCGCAUGCGUCUGUCCUCACCUUCUGAUGCGGUCCUGGAGAGAACCGACGUGGUCGAUGACGGCACACUGAAAAGGAGGUCUUUGAGGCGCAGUAACAGCAUCUGUAAGUCACCUGGGCCAAAUUCUCCUAAAGAGAUGCCUUUUAUCACGCGAGACAUCGGGCGCUCUGAGUCCUUGAGGUCCUCCAGCAGCUGCUCUCAUCGUAUCUUCAGGCCUUGUGACCUCAUCCACGGAGAGAUCUUAGGAAAAGGCUUCUUCGGACAGGCCAUCAAGGUGACUCAUAAAGCGACAGGGGAGGUGAUGGUGAUGAAAGAGCUCAUCCGGUGUGAUGAGGAGACCCAGAAGACGUUCCUGAAGGAGGUCAAAGUAAUGCGAAGCCUCGACCAUCCCCACGUUUUGAGGUUCAUCGGCGUUCUCUACAAGGACAAGAGGCUGAAUUUGAUUACCGAGUUUAUCGAGGGAGGCACCCUGAAGGAUUUCAUCAGAGACACGGACCCGUUUCCAUGGGAGCAAAGGGUGAGCUUUGCAAAGAGCAUCGCUUCUGGCAUGGCCUACCUCCACUCAAUGAGCAUCAUACACAGAGACCUCAAUUCUCACAACUGCCUGGUUAAACUGGACAACACUGUGGUCGUGGCUGACUUUGGACUGUCCCGACUCAUCGUAGAAGACAAAGUCAAGCCUCCACCUGAAAAACCCUCCAACAAGAAGAGGACGUUCAGACGUGUCGACCGAAAGAAGCGGUACACUGUCGUGGGGAACCCGUACUGGAUGGCUCCAGAGAUGCUUAAUGGUAAACGCUAUGACGAGAAGGUGGACAUCUUCUCUUUUGGAAUCGUGCUUUGUGAGAUCAUUGGGAAAGUCUACGCGGACCCUGAGUGCCUCCCCAGGACGCUGGACUUUGGUCUGAAUGUUGGAAAGUUUGUGGAGAAGUUUCUCCCUGAAGACUGUCCACCAGCUUUCUUUCCACUGACUGUGGCCUGCUGUGACCUCACGCCAGACAACCGUCCACCUUUCCAGAAGCUGGAGGACUGGUUUGGAGCCCUGUCCCUCAACCAGGAGCUGGGGAUCCCCCUGCCAGCCGAACUGGAUGAGCUGCAUCAGAGUCUGAGUCGACUCCACUGGCCUAAAGACGUGUCCCCGACCCAGAGCACAGAUCAGACGCCACCUCCGACAGAGGCCCCCUCACACUCGUCCAGCACCUAGGAGCUCUGCAUUUCUGUGUGAACCCUCUGAAGUGCUGCACUAAUACUGUGGGUGAGAAGACGAGGAGGACUGCAUUGAACCCGAGCCAUAUUAGAACUGGAUAACCUGAGGUAGCUGGACCAAUCUCCCUGUGCAGGACUCGCCAAGAACCUGCACCGUGAGUGGAAAGACACAUUUCAACAAAAGACAAGUGUUAAUUACUAAUAAUGUAUUUUUUUUUAUUUUAUUUUAUUUUUUUUAACCUGCUCAGCCGUGGUUGAACACACGCAGGGUCGUACUAAUGUUUACUGUGUACAGACGAGCAUCUCUGUCAGGGGAAGGACGGCACAUCGCGGCAGGUUUUCUUUUGUUUUUCUGGUUCUGGAGUUGUUGUUUGCUAUGCGUGGAAUGCGCAGCGAUUAGUUCUUGCCCACAAGAGGACUCCCUUCACUGCAGCAGCAAAGAAAAUCAAAGACGCUUCACGGUCCAAGUAAACAAGAGCUCAGAGCGAGAGAGAGAAAUGCAGGUGUGACUUGUGGCGGCGGUGGAAGAAAAACACUCUCUGACCCUGAAUAGUUUCAUCAAUCUGAGAUUUGACACAAGAAAAGAGGAUUUUUUUUUCUGAGCACCCAUACUGUAAAUUUUGACGAGACGGUUAAAAGUGCGAUUCUGUAAUUUGUAGUCUAGUUACUUAGAACAAUGAAUGAAGGUGAUCUAGAUUCUUCUUGUUCACCGUGCUGACAUUUUGUUCAAAGCGUUUAUCGAUCACCUGACGCAGGAGCUCUUUAUUGAUAACUGUCAGACAUAAACACACAUCAGUUGACCACGAAAAGUCGGUUUGUACAGAAGAACUGGAUUUUUUUUUCUUUUCCUUAAGCAGUGUAUAUAAGUGUGUACAUAGUGUGCCUCUAAUUGGAUGUCAUUUUCUAAUGGGAAUUCUAGAUUUGUAGAUUUUUAGACAUUUCGUCAACAAUGGACGUUUUUGCCUUUUUGUUUUGCUACGAUCACGCAGGGUACUGACGACCAUUUGUAACCACUAUUAUUUAUAUCACUGUAGUGUUUCAUAAAUAAACCCUAUGAAAGUUG